AUGAACCGGACGACCAGCCGUUCAAGAUCACCACGUCCACCGCGCCAGGAUUUUGUGGUCUACCUGGACGAACCCGGAGCAUAUAUUGUGGAUGAAUUUGUGUACUGCGAUGGUCACGAGGAUAAAAGCGUCCACUAUAUCCGGUUCGAAAGAAUUCUGCCGGAACGCCUAACGGACCCUCGAAAGUUCGAGGACCCCUACGAGCCUCCCGCCCCUACCCCACCGUCACCUAAGAAAGAACGGAUACGGAUUAUCGAAGAUCCAACCGAAUGUUCUGAUGAGGAAUUAAGACGGCUACUGCAGCUGGAGGAAGACGAAGUGCCGCACUACGUGCGUUGUAUGAGGGCAUUGGAAAAGGAUGGAUACCCACCCGCAUUUAUAGAUGAGUAAGUUGUUUGAUUAUUAAAAACAUCGUUAUAUUUCGUUCAGUAUCCAAUUUAUUUUUUGUGUUUUAAACGUUAAGAGAGUUUUUUUAUUUCAGCCGGGUAAAAAGCAAGCUGCACGGUGCCAUUCUUUGGAGAAGAAGAAGAGUUAUUAAAAACGAAGAAGCUCACACCGGGCAAUGUUGUAGCCAUUAAAGGUUACACACACGUUGAAGGCAACGAACCUACACAAUCAUUUGUAGAACGAAUGCAGAAACUCGCUGAUGAAGACUACAAGGAAAACCUUAAAAAAGCAAAACGUCAACUAGGCGUCAACAGAAAGAGGAAGAACUCAACGAGCUUUGAAAGGAAAACGCCGGCCAAGACAGUACGCUUCGACGCGCCAAUGUACAAAGUGGAUGAAUACAAUGGCUACCCAAUGGCUGACAGAACAAGAAAAAUGCAGCACAAGUUGGAAAACUUCAGAAGUGUUGCUUUGGCAAAUGUAGAGAAAAUCCCGCAAGCCCCACCACCGUCCAACAGUUUCCUGUCGAAGCUACGAGAGCUUAUCGAGGCGUCAAAAACAUCAUAG